CACGGCGCGGAGCGCGGCCCGGCCCCAGCGGCGGCGGCGGCGGAGAAAUGGCGGCGGCGGCGGCGCGGUGUCCGGGAGGGCGGUGGGCGCUGUGCCUGUGCCUGUGCGCGGCGCUGCUGCCGCGGCCGGCGCGGGGCCUCACCGACCGCCUCUACUGCGGCCGCCGAGUCUGCUAUGAGGUGCUGGGCGUCAGCCGGCAGGCCAGCAAGGCGGAGAUCGCCCGCGCCUACCGGCAGCUGGCCCGGCAGUACCACCCCGACCGCUACCGCGGGGAGCCCGCGGGCGGCGAGGAGAGCGGGGCGCAGGCGGCGCACGAGAAGUUCCUGCUCAUCGCCGCCGCCUACGAGACCCUCAAGGAUGAAGAAACACGUAAAGAUUAUGACUACAUGCUGGAUCAUCCUGAAGAGUAUUACAGGCAUUAUUACCACUACUACAGCAGGAGACUGGCACCUAAAGUAGAUGUCACAAUAGUGAUCCUAGUUACGGUCUGUGCCAUCUCUGUGUUUCAGUUCUUCAGCUGGUGGAGUAGUUACAAUGAAGCUAUCAACUACUUAGCAUCUGUGCCAAAAUACCGUAUACAAGCUACUGAGAUUGCCAGGCAACAAGGUUUACUCAACAAGACUAAAGAAAAAGGCAAGAACAGGCGGUCUAAAGAAGAAAUUCGCGAAGAGGAGGAAGAAAUUAUCAAAGACAUUAUUAAAAAUAAAAUAGACAUAAAGGGUGGUUAUCAGAAGCCCAAAAUAUAUGAUAUCCUUCUAUUUCAGAUCCUUCUUGCUCCUUUUUACUGGUGCAAAUACAUAGUUUGGUACUGUUGGUGGAUUUAUUGUUUCACUAUUAAAGGGCAAGAGUAUGGUGUGGAAGAGAAGUUGUAUAUUAUAAGAAGGUACAUGAAAAUGUCUCAGUCUCAAUUUGACAGCCUGGAAGAUCAUCAAAAAGAGACCUUUCUUGAACGACAGCUAUGGAUACGAGAAAACUAUGAGGUGUAUAAACGAGAACAAGAGGAGGAGUUAAAAAAGAAGAUGGCCAUGGAUCCCAGAUGGAAGAGAUACCGGCGAUGGAUGAAAAACGAAGGACCUGGAAGACUAACCUUUAUUGAUGAUUGAAAGUUGCAGAACAAAAUGUGUGCUGUUGCUGAAAGUGAUUUGCAAAACUUUUCAUUACAUCAUUCAGAGUUUUGUCUGCUGUGGCUUAGCAGUGAUCUAAAACUCAGGAACUAUUACAUCAGGCCGAAGCAUAAUACAGGUUUACCAUUUUUAUAAAUCAGACCUAUUAAACAGGCUCAGCCUAAUGUAUAUAUGCCAUUUAUUUGGGGAUAUCAGUGUGGAAUUCAUUAUUCCAGACAAUGUAUUUUUUGCUAGAUACUUCAUAUUCAUCAUCAAUGAAACCAUAACUCUGGGCUCUCUGAGAAUGUUUUUAGUUCAAACCUUGGGAAGUCCCAGUUUUCUUCUUUAAACUGAGGGGUUCCUAAAAGUGGAAACUGAAAAUGCUUAUAAAGGAUUCUGAAGGAAGGACCAUUUUCUGUUUUCUUUUCCCCUAGUUUUCAAUCUAAGAUGCCAAAUAGGGUUUUUUUUCAUGUAAACAAUAUGGGGAUUAUACAAGACUACUGCUAUUCCUGCUUCACUUGGAAACCGAUUUUAUUCUUUGUGGGAAUAAAUGAUGCAUGAUUGAUCAUCA